UCCCUGCUAGUUUUCUAAGUUUACUGCAAUCUCUGCACGGGGGGAGGGAGAAAGAGGGAGAGAGACACAGAUAUUACAAACUUGAGAACAGGUAGAGUUUAGGGCAAGACUCCUUCCAGCUUCAACAAUUGGUUGUCUACGUGUUGCUGACCCUUUUAGCAAACAGAAUAGAGUGAACAACAAAUGAAAUACAGAAGUGAAGAGGCUUAGUCCUGUGAUGCAUGUAGCUGUGGACAGUGAAAUCAACCCCUAUGCUCAGUGAAAGCACUGAAAGGAAUUUGGGCCACACAGAAAAAAAUCAAGUAUGAUGAAGAACGAAGAAACGGAUUUUAAUGUGGACAAUACCCAAGCCUCUCCCUUCUCCCGCUGCCUACAGCCACUCAGCCCUGUUACAAAGCCACACAGAACAACUCCAUUUGAUGAAGAAUUCAGAACACACCUUUCGCAUUUCCGCUAUGGUCCUCCACCUCUUGAAAACAUGGAAUCUUUCCAGGGGUCCUUGGAAGGAGGGUCUCGGAAACGCAAGAGCAUGCCAACAAAAAUGCCACCUUCCAUCACCCUUGAGGAUUCCUCACCACCACCAGACAGACCUGACGAUCACAAUGACAUAGGCUCUUCCAGUCUCCCCUUGGUGUUCCAACAGCCAGCACAGCCCAAGUACAGCUCCCAGAUGAUUGACCUCUGCAACUUUGGUUUUCAAUUCUACAGAACUCUGGAGCAUUUUGGAGCCAAGCCCAUUAAGCAAGAACCAGUGAAGCCCAACAUGGCAUGGCCCAGUAGCCCAGCGUUCAUGCAGGCUCCUUACCCUUAUUAUCCUAAAGUCCACCCUGGUUUAAUGUUUCCUUUCAUUGUACCACCAAACUUUCAUUUCAGGAACCCCUUUCAAAUGAAAAGACCUCCAGAACCACCCUUCAGGAGGGCUGAAGUAAGAGAAAGCGGUGAAAACAAACAGAAAGUUGAAAGAGUAGAUGUCAACCUUCAGAUAGAUGACAGUUACUAUGUUGAUGUGGGGGGUGAACAGAAACGCUGGCAAUGUCCCAUGUGUGAGAAGUCCUAUACAUCCAAAUACAAUCUGGUCACCCACAUCUUGGGGCACAGUGGCAUUAAGCCACAUGCUUGCACCCGAUGUGGCAAGCUUUUCAAGCAGCUGAGCCACUUGCACACACAUAUGUUGACACACCAGGGCACUCGGCCACAUAAGUGCCAGGUGUGCCACAAGGCUUUCACUCAAACCAGUCACCUUAAGAGACACAUGAUGCAACACAGUGACAUCAAGCCUUACAACUGCAGGAUCUGUGGCAGAGGUUUUGCCUACCCUAGUGAGCUGAAAGCACAUGAGUCUAAGCAUGAGAGUGGCCGAGAGAACAUUUGUGUGGAGUGUGGUCUGGACUUUCCAACUCUGGCCCAGCUGAAGAGACACCUAACCACCCAUCGUGGUCCUAUACAGUACAAUUGCACUGAAUGUGAUAAGACCUUCCAGUACCCAAGUCAGCUGCAAAACCACAUGAUGAAGCACAAAGACAUCCGCCCAUACAUCUGCACUGAAUGUGGCAUGGAGUUUGUGCAGCCCCACCACCUGAAACAACACUCCCUCACUCACAAGGGUGUAAAAGAGCACAAAUGUGGAAUUUGUGGCCGGGAAUUUACUCUGCUGGCCAACAUGAAGCGACAUGUACUGAUCCACACCAAUAUCAGAGCCUACCAAUGUCAUUUGUGCUUCAAGAGCUUUGUGCAAAAGCAGACUCUCAAGGCCCACAUGAUUGUUCACUCUGAUGUCAAACCCUUUAAAUGCAAGCUGUGUGGAAAGGAAUUUAACAGAAUGCACAAUUUAAUGGGACACAUGCACUUGCAUUCUGAUAGUAAGCCUUUCAAGUGCCUCUACUGUCCCAGCAAAUUCACCUUGAAGGGGAACCUAACCAGACACAUGAAAGUCAAACACGGGGUCAUGGAAAGAGGAUUUCAUUCACAAGGUUUUGGAAGAGGAAGAAUUGCUCUGUCGCAGACAAAAGUCUUGAAAAGUUUGGAACAGGAAGAGCCCUUUGAUCUUUCCCAGAAAAGCCAAGGGAAGGGAAUCUCAUUUCAUUCUGAUGGCGAGAGUGCCAAGGGGAGCUCAUGCCAGGAAGAAGAGGAAGACAACUGCUAUGAGGCAGAGCGGUACAGCCCUGUCAUGUAUCAUCAUGAUGACAAGCUAUGUGUGGCUCAAGAUCUCUCUGGCAAACCCGAGUCCAUGAUGAAGGACUUCAGAGAGUCCUCCUGCAAUGAGAAGGAAGAAGUGCUAAGUGAGGGAGGACUGAGGAAGAGAAUAGGAAAUUCGGACAAAGAGGAGAGCCAAAGAGAAGGAGAGCUUGCAAACAACAAAGAACGUCUCAGCUUUAGAUCCUUUGAAAAGGCCAGAAUUGGCCACUCUUUCUCUGAUUACUUGUAUUUCAAGCACAGGAACAAGAGUUUGAAAGAAUUGCUGGAAAGAAAAAUGGAAAAACAAACAAUGCUUAUAGGCAUGUAAAAUGGACACUUUGAAAUAGCUGGAAAAUGGGAACCAGAGAGUUUUUAACAUGAACUGUAGUUUACCAAGACCUGAAGUCUGUAGUAUUCUUUAGAAAUAAACAAGCCAAAUAGAUAAAAAUAAUUUAGUGUAAAACACAUACAUUAAAAGCCACUGAGAAAUGCAAUAGAUAUUGAACAAUAACACUUUUAUAUUUAUCCAUUUGAUGUAAAAGCAAACAAUGGGUUAGGUACAGAAGUUUAUUUUCUAUUAUAUGGGGAUAGAUACUUACAUGCAAUUUUCUAAUUAGCAGAAAGCAACAUACUUUAGCAUCUGAUUUAUUGUCUGACUAGAUAAAUAUGAACACUUCUAGCCAUAUGUCUCAGAAACAGUUGAAAAUACUAAAUAUUUCACAUUAUAAGCCAGAGUACUAUUAAAUGUGACACGCAUGAAAAUGCUGUCAACAUUCAGAACUAACACAGUCCAAAUACUUUGAUUUACUGAAGUGACUCUUAAUUCAAUCACUUAUAGUGAGAACUGGGAAAGAAAUUAAGAAGAAAUACUAAUGUCUUGGGAGGCAGUGAAGGGCAACUCUGUAAGGCUUUGAAAGGACUGGAAUUUAUUACAAAAGCUCUUCCUCUAGUACAAGGAAUGUUCCUGUUUUGUUUCAGUCAGUAUGAGAGUAUUCAGUAAUUCUUCAAGUGAAAUAGCAUAGACUGUGUUGACAUUUCAUUCUACUGCCUGCUCAGACCAAUAUAUCUAAUGGGCAGCAGCAGCAUACAGCAUUCACAAUCUUGCUAUAAUUACAUAUAAAGAAAUAUGAGUAAUUGCACUGAAAAAAAUAUGCAGUUUUACCAUUUAUCUCUUCAUUUUUUCAUGACUAGGAAGGAUAAUUUUGAAAUACACAAUUUUUAUUUUAGAAGGUAAAAAUAACCCCUAUAGGACAAGCAGUACCUCACAGAGUAAAACUGAUUUUCGAUUUCCUCUUAUUGGAGGCAGAAAUUUUCCCUUAUCAAUGUGUCUUGAGGAGGGUCCAGGCCUUUCAGAAGAAUUCACUUACACUGUUUUUACUGUCACACCCAGCUUUGCAUCCUCUGAUUCCCAUACAAUUACACAUUCACAACAAAGAUGCUUAAAGCAUAUUCCGUUCAACUUUUCAUUAUUUGCAUGAGUAGUUCAGCCAUCAUAUUAAUUUCUGCAUCUUCAAGAUAGAAAACAAACAGCCUUGCAUCAUGCUCUUCCUUAUAAAGAAAUAAAAAUUUAAGAAAUCAUAAAAUUUGUCUUAUGUCCCUCCCACAUCCCAGCUUAAAAGGUUAAAAUUCUCUUCCAAAUACUACUGCCUUCUUCACUUACCUGCCAAGUUCUUGAUUUGAAAUACAUUGCUAUAAUGUUCAACAUAUAGCAAGUUGUAAUUAAAUAUAGUCAUAUACUUAUGUUUCGCUAAGACUAUAGUCAAGUAGCUGCAGCUCUCUGCCACUAUAAGAAAACAAAUACCUUUCAAACUAAUGAUUCUCACGCCUACCAGUUAAUCAGCAUUCACAGUGCAGAAGUCUUUAUUCCUCAAAUAAAACUGGAUUUGUGUAGUCCAAGGUUGGAGAAGGUGGUUUCACUUUCCAAGGCUCAAACAUGGCAUAAUAAAUAUUCUGAAUGAAGAGCAGAAAAAGCUGUUGAUAAAAGAAACUGUAACAUACAGGUGACUCUUCUAAAUGUAGUUAACUUACAUAAUUAAAACUGAUGUGCAUACAUUUUAAAAUAUAAAGGGUAUGCCAAACUGAUGUGGAAUGUAGGUCAGUUUAAACAUAGAAUUAAAGAAGACUUUGAAAACUGAGUGUAUUUCAGUUAUAAAUAGCCAUGAUUUUCAGGAAUGAACUGUUUUACCUUACACACUCUUCCUUGCCGCUGAGAUGACACCUCUUGAAAAAGGAGCCAUCCUUCUUUCAAGGAAGACAUUGUGGUCACGCAGAAGAAACUGAAAAAAUUUUUUUCAUUAUUCUGAAAAAAAUUCAGAAUAAUGAGUGUAACUGCAUUCUUUCUUAGACUAUGGGGAAGUGAUCCAGCAAAAAUUCAACACAGUCUAGGAGAUGGUCCCUUAGAAAUGGGAACAACUCCUUCGGUUACCUUCUUGUCACUAUCUUGUCUCUGUCAGACAAAAGCUCCCAUUUGAGAAUGUAUACAGCCAAAAGCUGGGAGUCACUGAGUCUUAGAAUUGUCUCUGUCUCAGUGGUGUAGUUUCCAGCUAUGCAUGAUUCCAGAUCAGUCCACUCCACUUUUGCAGCCAUAUUAGCUCUCCUGAUGGGAAGAACAAGCAGGAAAUCAGAAAUCUCUUUGCAAUUUCUAGAAUGGUAAUCAUGCAGAUGGGUAGAACUUAACAAGUCCUUCACUUCUGUGGUGGGUAAAGCAGGAAAGCAUUCAGUCCUUCCAUUGCAAAGCCUUGUUGUCUAUUCAUUGGAGAGUGCUAUGGGACAGCUAACCAAUCCUUACCAAGAAAGAAAGAAACAAACGAUUUCGUAUCAACAGCAGUCCAGGCAAAUGGAACAAAGGAGAAAUUUUCAGCAGAUUUCAGCUCACAGAAGCUAAUAUCAUAGGAUGUUAUCUACCUGGACUUUAGCAAAGUCUUUGAUACUGACUCCCAUGGCACUCUCCUGGAGAAGCUGGCAGCCCACAGCUUGGAUAGGUGCACUCUUUGCUAGGUUAAAAACUGGCUGGAUGGCUGAGCCCCGAGAGUGGUGGUGAAUGGAGUUACAUCCAGCUGGCAGCCGGUCACCAGUGGAACACAGUACUCCCCAGAGUACUGGGGGGCAGCCCUGUUUAAUAUCUUAUUGAUGAUCUGGAUGUGUUUAAUAUCUUACUGAUGAUCUGGAUGAGGGGCUCGUGUGCACCCUCAGUACAUUUGUACAUGACACUAAGCUGUGUAGGAGUGUUCGUCUGCUGGAUAGUAGGAAGGAUCUGCAGAGCAACCUGGAUGGGCAGGAUCAGUGGGACAAGGCUAGUGGAAUGAGAUGCAAAAAGACCAAGUGCCAAGCCCUGCACUUGGGUCACAACAACCACCGGCAAUGUUACAGGCUGGGGACAGAAUGACUGGAAAACUGCCCAGCAGAAAAGGACCUGGGGGUGCUCGUUGACAGAGGCUGAACACUAUCCGGCAGUGUGCCCAGGUGGCCGAGAAGGCCAGUGGCAUCUUGGCCUGUAUCAGCAACAGUGUGGCCAGCAGAACCAGGGCAGUGAUUGUUCCUCUGUCCUCAACAUUGGUGAGGCCCUACUUCAAAUCCUGUAUUGUUUUGGGCCCCUCACUCAAAGAAAGACAUUGAGGUGCUGGAGCAAGUCCAGAGAAGGGCAAUGAGCCAGGCAGCAUCCCUGGAAAUGUUUGAGAAAUGUUCCAGAAAUGACUGUGUGGCACUUAGUGUUACAGUCUAGUUGACCUGCUGGUCUUCAGUGAAAGGUUGGACUCAAUAAUCUGAGGUAUUUUCCAACAUAAAUGCUUCUGUGACGCUGUGAUUCUAUAACCACAAGAAUUAUGUUUACUGAAAGCACGCAGUCCAGAGUUCCCUUACACAUGUUGUAAGAGAAUGUGCCAGUUGUGUCCUUGGGAAAGGAAAUCACUGCAAACCACUCUGGUUUUCUAAAUGGUUAACUUGAAUUCUUUCAACCACACUGUCACUGCAGUCAAUUUACCCUCUUCUACAAAUGCACUUCUCACUGGAGCAGAAACAUCUGACAACCACAUACUAUUUGCAAAUAAUUCGUAAUGGGAGUCCCUUUUUUUGCAUUUUUCCUAGAAAGCAGAGAGUAUUCCAUUACAAUGAGAUCCUGAUAUUCUGCCCAGUCAUGAAGUCACACUAAGCUAAUUCACAAACACCCAAGUGUAAUUCAUGCUACAAUAGUAAAGAAUUAAUCUAAAACUGUAAGUUACCAUAAGAGGAGUUGCAAACAGAACUAUUACUGAAAUAAGGAGACAGUGCCAAGUGACCCAAGCAAAGCGAUUAGAUGACAGUCAUCUCUCUGUGGAACAUAAUGCAAAUGGGUCUAAGACACUUGUUACAAAGAGGUCCCAAGGGACAAAUUAAAAGUGAAAUAACAGCCUUCAUUGUGAAGCACCUUGCUUUUCAAACAUGAGUUAUUUUCAUGCUAUUUACAUUGGCAUCACUUUAGGAACAGACAGUAACAGCCUUUGCUUUAUAAUAGCUUUGAAAACGCUUUAGAGAAAUUUGCUCUCAUAAUGAAGCUAUUUCCCAUUUCUGUUUUUCAAGGGAUUAGCUUCCUUAUUUUGCCUUGUAUAGAGGCUCAGAAGUCCAGUAGAGACAUUACCUGUGUCCUGGACCUUGGGGGAUAUAUUUUCUUCUUUUUCUGAUUUCUGAGUUUAUCUACCUUCUUGCUAUGUUGUGAGAAAAAAAAAAUAUUUAUCUUACUGUUCUCUGUAUUUGGGUCUUCAGUGUGUGGUAACACAUGAAACUAAAGCCCAGCCUCUAACAUCUCUAUGUAAAAUUACAUACAUACCAUUUCCCUGCAUUGUUAGAUGAAGUGUAGCUCCAUCCUCUUGGAGAGCAUAACAGCAAAUAAGAGGGGCCACAAACUCAUGCAGCCAAGAUGCUUCAAGAAGUCAUGCUGAGGAAAAGUAAAUUGGCCCUAUCAUAAUGAGUCUGGGCAAGUGAAGGCAGGUGGUUUGUUAAAUUAGAGGUUUUUCUGAUGUUAAGGGUAGCAAGGAGAAUUCUGCAAGACACUUUAGAGUACAGAGUAGGUGGAGGAAAAGCUAAAAGCUGAGUUACUAAAAAUUAAGGAUGAAGAUAGACAAUGUAUUUAUGUGGAAAGAGAAGUUAUAGGUGACCCCGGAAUAAGAUGCUUUGAUUCUAGCCACUAGGACUCAGUCAUCUCCUUGUGAAUCAGAGUUUUCCUGGCUGCCAGACAGGUGCUCUGUAUUCAGAGGCUCAAAGCGUAAAACACUUCAUGAUAGUAUUAUAACUGAUGUUUAUGCUGUGCUGUUUCUUCUAAAACAAGUUACCAGAAAGACCAGGUAAUGCUAUUGCACCCACCCUUUUACAACUCUGUGAUUCUCUACUACCUAUUCUUUGAUAUCUCUCUUUAUAUGGUGCUGCUGGAUUCUGCUGUUUUGAGUGUACAGUUAAGAAGUAAUAUAAGUACUGUAUUUAUUAUUCCAAGAAGUUUUUAAUAAUUAUUAACAGUUUUGAAAAUAAGUCAUGUCUGCUUAGCUGAACAAGAUGUAACAGAGCUAACAUUUUGUGCUCCUAACAGAUUUUGCAAAUAAUGUGUUGCAUAUUUAUUUCACAUAGAACAUUGAGUUCCUAUUUAAAGCCACAACUCAAAAAGUGAACCAACUAUAUGUGAAUAUUUAGGUUCUGGCUUUCUAUCUCAAUAGUAAAAGCAUGUAUGAUGUAUUGUAUUAAUUUAAGCUAAUAAAUACAUACUGAAAAAGCUGCUGUACUUGGUAUUGAAAUGCAUCUGGAGUUCUUGGCAUUCUAGGCAUUUUAUAUAGUAAAUCCGUGGGGCUGGUCUGAUGAGGUCAUGCUUCACUCAGCAUCACUGAAGAGUGGUUCUUGUAAAGGGAAGCCUAAAUCAAUGAUGGACAGUUAGAAGACCAGAGCAGAAGAACUACCAGGUCCUCUGAGGCAGAGAUAUCACUUUAUUAUUACCAACUACACAGAGGACAUAAAGAAUGUUCUGGAAUGCUUAUGUUAUUUGUCAACUUGUCUUCAGACAAGCUAAAAAAGAAAGAUUCUUAUCUUAGACACAUUUGAAAGACCUGCAUGACGUAAAAAGAUGGGAAAAACCAAUCAGACAUAUUGUAAGAUUGAAGUUAAGAAAGUAGGAAUACUUUUAUAGAUUAAGGAAUAAGCAGAAGACUGAACUCAGAAACCCAUUGUCACUGUUUUUAAAGGAAAGCAUCACUUUUAAGUGAUGAUUAAACUCUUGAAUUUGUUUGUUUUAAUGAGAUCCUGAUUAAAUUGGCAUUAUCAGAUUUCACAGAGAACAUUUCUACUCUCUGAGCUGUUUCUGAGCACAGAGAGAAAGCAACUGGAAUGUUUGCUAUAAAAUAAAUCAAGUAAUAACAAAAAUAGAGAUAUUCUGUUUCUAAUUCUCUGACGUAAAUGCCUUAAAAAGUGCAAAAAGACUUAUGUAAAUGCUAGAACUACAUGCAGGAGGCUAAAUAAAACAGAACAAAGCCUUUAUUUUC